AUGGACCUCAUAAAUCUCACUGCGUUCUGCACCUCAAUCUCAUCAAAUGCAACCUCCAUCACAGCCGUAGCUAAUAAGCUAGCCAGCGCUCUGGAAAAAGACGACCAGAAUGCCCUGCAACUCAAUUUGAUGGCUGCAUCACUCGGCCAGCUUCAUCGCAGUAUGGAACAACUCGAGCAGGCUCUUAAGGCUGCACCACUGAUCUCAAGACAAUUGCACGACCAAUUAUUGAACUUGCUUGCUGCUUGUGCAGGACGGAUGAAUGAUGUGCAUACAGAUGUCAUGUACUUACAUCCUUCUGACCUCUCUUCGUUGAACGGGUCUUUCUUAACAGCGUAUUCCGGGUUUACAAUGAUCCAUGCACAGACUUUUGCCUUUCUCACGAAUGUCCUUAGCCAACAUGAGCAGGCGAAGCAAGAACAGAGUCUCGAUUCAACAGCGGUGAGGGACCUCAUUAAGCAGGCAGAGACCUCCUCGCACUUGGUAGACAACUUGAAAAUUCUCCAACCCAAUCCUGAUAGCAUGAAGAACGCUCCUCUUUCAGAGAAACGUCAACCGCCUGUCACAAGCAACAACGAUGCACCACCACCGUACAUGUCUUCGGCUACCUCACCUACCUCUCCAACCUCGCCAACCGUCGUUCACAGCCCCGAGCGCCCCAAAGGAUCCUCAUUCUUUAGGGCACUAACCUCGGCGCUUCGCUCUAAACCAGAUCCCCUGGUCUCAGCUUUAUGCCAAGCAGUUGUUCAGGGUAACGAGCAGCAAAUCUCGGGUCUCAUUUCACAAGGUGCCAAUAUCAAAGGUAGUAAUGAGGAUGGACGUACUCCUCUUCGGUGCGCCAUCAAGUCCGACCAAGCCGCUGCAGCUCGUCUUCUGUUAUCCGCGGGAGUUGAUACCUCCAGCAAGGGCUGGUCAGAACUGCCACCUCUAUUCCAGGCUGCUUCUGCGGGGAGUCUAAAUGUCGCCCAAGUAUUACUCGAGUUUGGGGCAGAUGUUCACAGUAAAGCUGUGUCUGGACAGUCGCAUCUCGUGGAUGUUGUUAAUAAAGGGAGCGCGGCUGGAGUUGGGUUUCUACUAGCCAGUGGCGCCGCUGCAGAUACCAAGGACAUAACAGGUCAACAAAUCAUUGUGAUGGCUGCCAAGAAAGGUAGCGUCGAGCUGAUGCGCGUCUUGAUUGACAAUGGUGCCGAUAUAAACGCCACUGAUAUCAUUGGUAACCCUGUUCUUGCUACAGCUGUCGAAAAGGGCGAUAUGAACAUGCUCGAACUGCUCCUCGACAAGGGUGCCAAUACUGAAGCUCGCACGAACCUGGGCACGACUGUUCUCGGAUACGCGAUAGAAAAGAGGAAAUUCGACGUUGCUAAGAGACUUCUCGUCGGCGGCGCCAACCCUGGAACAACUAUCCAUUCUCAGCCCAUUAUUAUCAAGAUUCUCAGAGAUGUAGUUCUGAAGACCGGGGAAAAGGUGGAAGUGAUCAGACUUCUUCUCGAUAACGGUGUAGAUCCUGAUACGGCUGAUGCCAUAUGGGGUCUUCCAGCCAUCUGCCACGCCGUGGAGUUGUCAAAAGCGCCCGUAGUUGAGGAGAUGCUACGUCGCGGUGCGAAGACAAAAGUGCGCAUGCUCGCUGGCCAGACACUUCUUACAUACUCGAUCGACGUCAACCGACGCAAGCACAUCAAAGCGCUCCUUGACUAUGGCGUCGAUGUGAACGAGGUAGAUGGAUUGAACAGGACUCCGCUCAUGUUGUCUCUCUUACGGCUCGACUACAACCUAGCCAAGAUGUUUGUGGACCAUGGGGCUGACCCGACAGCCAAGGCGAAUGGGGAAGCUGUCAAGUUCAUCAAAGCCAUCAAACGUAAUGACUUCCUUGAGCUAUUUCGGACUGCGGGAAGUGCGGCAAGCGAGACGGUGAGGCCGGAGAGAAAUGUCCCAGAUGUCCCUGACUACACCGCUGAGAUGCCCGCAUCUGAAACUUUUCCGUCUGAGGUGCCUGGAUCCGAAAGGUUCGCAUCCGAGGUGCCCGCAUCUGAAGUGCCACCACCUUCAUACGAACUCGCAGCUGGAAAGUCGUAG